CUCAAAUUUUCACUCUUUAAGUUGCCGAUUGCAAAGGGGACACUAAUCUGGGCGGCCGAUUCUCCAAGCUUAAAUUCAAACGCCGUCCACUAUCUUUCAAAUUAUAUUGCCGCUUUUGCUCUCAGGCAGUGAGGAUGUCAACACCAGCGAGGAAAAGAUUGAUGACGGAUUUCAAGCGGUUAGUGCACGAUCCUCCUGCAGGCAUCAAUGGUGCACCUUAUGGAAACAAUAUAAUGCUAUGGAAUGCUGUUAUAUUCGGCCCCGAUGACACUCCCUGGGAUGGAGGCACGUUUAAGCUGACACUUCAAUUUACUGAGGAUUAUCCUAACAGGCCACCAAAAGUGUACUUUAUGUCCAGGAUGUUCCAUCCAAAUAUUUAUGCUGAUGGAAGUAUUUCUUUGGACAUCUUGCAAAAUGAGUGGAGACCUAUAUAUGAUGUAGCUGCUAUACUUAUCUCAAUACAGUCGUUGCUCUGUGAUCCAAACACUAACUCAGCAGCUAAUGCAGAAGCAGCACAGCUGUUUAGCGAGAACAAGUGCGAAUACAACAGGAGGGUGCGUGAAAUAGUUGAGCAAAGCUGGACAGCAGACUGUCUCUGUUGCUGAAUCUGUUACAUAGUAUUCUCUUCGUCAGGUUGUCUGCAUCAAAGUGAGAUGUUUUAAGUGUUUUUCUACAUUUAUAAUAAUGUAGUGCGAUAAUGUCCUUUUAUGUGCUGUUAGGAGCUCCGAUUUUCUUUAUCUUCAUUUUUGGUGCUCGACUAUGAGACUUUGUACAUAUGAUCUAUUAUAUCCAAUUAUGUGAAAUUGAAGGAAGCUCUUAUUCCAUAAAUUAUAAGGAAA